AUGGUGGUGCUCCUGACUAGAAUAAGCUGGACAGUAGGAAGCAUAAGCUGUCCCAAGGAAUGCACAUGCCAAUAUCUGGCUGUCAAUUGCACAGGGAAGCUGCUGGAAGAGUUCCCGACUACAAUUCCACUGGACACCAGGCAGCUGAUCCUGGCUCAAAACAAACUCAGCUACUUGCCCUCAGUGGAGUUGAAUUUUCUCAGUGACUUGAUCUACCUAGAUUGCAGCAGCAAUGCUUUAGGAGAGGACCUGGAUUUCACUUUUGUCAACAUCAUCAAGCUUGUCUACUUAGACCUCAGCUUUAACAACCUCACACAGGUAACAUUUGGCACCUUUUCACAGCUCAGCAGCCUGGUUGUGCUAAAACUCUCAGACAAUCCCAGCCUCGUGGAGAUUGAGAAGGACUCUUUUGCCAACAAUACCUGGUUGAGGCUUCUAGAUGUGAGCCGGUGCAGCUUGAUGUUCAUUGACACAAGUACUGUCAGGGACCUGCCCAAUCUGAGAAGCCUGGGCUUAGGUGGGAAUCCCUGGUUCUGCAACUGCUCCUUCAUGGAACUGUGCAGCUGGAUGGAAGAGAGUGGGGUAACUAUCCCAGACCCAGCCAAUGUCACCUGCUACAGCCCUGUUUUUAUGCAUGGCUUGAAAAUGCUGGAAGAAGCACAGGAGGAACUCUACUACAAGUGCUACAUCCAUUUCAGUGACCAAGACUACCUCUUUCUUGGGUUAGUUGGCUUUGGUAUAUUCUCUGCUGGCACUGUGUUGGCCUGGCUAAUGGGAGUAUGUGCAGUGAUAUAUGAGCUCUUAACUGCCACAAGAAAAGAUGACGAGGAGGAAGAGGAAACAGCCAACUAGGCUACAAAUGCCUUGUGUCUAUGUGUAACCAAUGGAGCCUUAUGCAUGUUUAUUGUAAGUAUUUCCCAGGGUGUUCACUAAGCUUGCAGUAACCUGUAAAGCAAAUCUUUCUGAAAACAGUGGGACUUACUUCUCAGUAGACAAGCAUAGAAAGGUUACACUGAGGCUGCAAUCAUUAGCACAACUCUACUGAUGUAGAUCCCAUUUAACAAAGUGAAGGGUUUUUUUUUAUUUUACAUA